AUGUACCGUACCCUCCUACGCGGCGCAGUGAUAGCUCAGAAAGCCGAGUUCGAACUGUUUGGGAUGGAGUCCCUCCGCAGGAGGUUGGAGUCUGCUGGGAAGGCUAAUAACGGGCUAAAAAGUGAAGUUGAGACUCUUCGGGAGCAGUUGACCCAAUCUGAGGAGAAGCUUGACGCCGCCGAGAAGAAAGCUACUGCUGCCGAACAGAAGGCCACUACUGCUGAGAAAAAAUUGGAGGAGUCGGACGCCACGGUUUCACGUCUUGUCGAGCGCGAAAUGGCUUUGGAGAGUCAGGUCGGCGCGGCGCAGAAACGGGUGGCCGAAAUCGAGAAAGAGAAGCAGGUCGUGGAGGCCGAACUGGCAACAUGGAAAGCAAAGUAUAAAGACGUCGUCAAGCAAGGGAAGGGUGCGAUUUUGGCGACUGAGGAGGCCUGA